AUGACUGCCAAAAAUCGACAUGACGAAUGUCGUUUGGUUAGUGUUAUCAAAUCAUUAUCUAUUGGUAAAGAUUUGUUGCUGGUAUGUAACGAUGAACACUUCAAUCUUGUUCAAUGGUGUGUUUUGAAUGACUAUUUACAAGCGCUAGAGUUGCUAUUAGAAUACGGUUGUAAUCCUAAUCGAGGUUCAUCUUCAACACCAACAGCCACUGUUGUUGAUUUACCAUUAGCAUUGGCAUGCUGUUUUCAAAGAAUGGAUGCCGCACGCCUAUUACUACUUUACGGUGGCAACCCAAAACAAUCGACCUGUAUAUCCAAAUACACACUUAGACGUUUGUCAAAAAUGAAAAAAUUACAUCAUAUUCAAAUCGUCAAUCUCCUACAAAAACAACAUGAUGAGGCGGUGACACCAUUGAAAAUCAUUUUUACGUUCGAUGAUUUGCACAUGUUCAAGGUUUUUUUUGGUGAAACAAGAUCACCCUCAAAUUCUAUCACAUCAAUUGGAACAUUUACAUUGAAUGAGACUACUAAUAAUACAACAGAAGAGAUUUUUAAUUCAUUUCAAUCGGUAGACAAUCUAACAACAAUGACGACGACCACCACUACGAAAACUGUAAUAAAACAACAAGAUAAUUUUGAACAGGACAAUAAUGACGUUUACAGUGAUACGAUAACACCGCAUAAUUUAAAAUCACCUGACUACGAUUAUUAUCUCGAUGACGAAAACAGUGCAGAUGAGAAAGGUGUUUAUAUUAGCGACGAAGAAGACGAUGAUAGCAAAGAAUUGGAUAGUGAGCAGUUGUUAUUCUCAAAGCUAAAUUUAUAUUUGGACACGAAUAGUACUAAUAGAAAACAAGAAAAUGAUAUAUUUAUAACAUCAAGCAGUAGUUACGAGUCUACAAAGUUAUGGGCAUUGCGUUUGCAAACUGAGCAAAAAUCCCAACAAAUGCAACAACAGUCUCAAUCGUUUAUUGAUUUGCCCACAAAUAAAUCAGAAAAGAGUGUGUUCACAAUGAAGAACGGCGAGAGAACAACAACAGACGGUGGCUAUCAGACAAUAUCACUGGUGGACGGUUCUAUUGAUGGUGGUGACUGCACAACAGGCAAAAAGCAAACAACGCUACCUCCCGUGAAUUCUACAACACGAGAAAGUAACGAUUCGUUAUCGUUUCAUCAGUUUAAAGAUAGCAGUACGAUGAGCUUGUGUUCAACAACGAGAGAGAAUCACCAUAUCAAAAGAAAACCAAUCAGCCGUGCAGUAAGCCAACAAAUUGAUAACAUACUUCCAACAUCAUCAGAUCAUCGUCUAUCUUUGCCUGAUGGUCUAAAACCACUGCAUGAAAGUUCCAUUACGUCAACAUCAUCCUCUUGUUUGUCACUCUCAAAUUCCCAAACAAAAACUCCUAUAUUUCAAACCAAAAAUGCCAUCAAAUUAUGUCGUCUAUUAAAUCAAAUGAUUGAGUGCGAAUCAGAAUGUAUUCUGGAGCAUUUUCUAAAACAAAAUCAGCAAGAACUAUACGAUUAUUUUAAUACCGAUAAAACGAACACAAAACUCAAAACAUACGACAUAUUAUCGAAUGUUAAAUCGGAAAAAAUAUAUAAUGUUCUGCUACGUUAUUCAUUUAAAACAACAAUUUGUGAUAAAAAUAAUAACACUUUAUUACAUCUACUGUUUAAAAACAGACCUUAUGAUUAUGACCCGAAACAACUCAAAAUUAUCACUGAGAGAUAUUUGAACAAUGGUUUGAAAGAAUUUUUAAAUCGGCCAAAUUUAUCGAAUGAAUACAUUGUGCAAAUUCUAUUACAAAACGACUAUUUUUUACAGUUACUAUUCUUCUCACAAACGAAAGAAUUUGAAAAUGAUAUCACCCAUUAUUCCCCACUCAUGUGUUCAAAUAAUCGUCAUAAUAGCACAGAUAAACACGCACAAGAUGUUUUUUGCAAGCAACAUCCAUAUCAUUAUUUACCGUAUUGUGAUGUCGACUAUAUCGAAGAGUGGCGUGAAACAUAUUUAAAUAUUAUAUUAUUAUUAGUGGAGAGCGGUGCCAGAAUUGAUAUGCCAACGGGACAAUAUCAAAAUAGUAUUGACUGUUUAUUAUCAUCUCUAGUUGAUUGUAUAAAAAAAACACAUUCAAAUCAACUUGAUGUCAAAUAUUUGAAAAAACUUUUAAUAAUUCUAUAUUCUUCACCAAGACCCACUAAUCGUCAAAUAGCAUUGAAAUAUACUAUUGAACGAUUUAUCCAGUUAAUUUGUUAUAUUCACAUAACAAAUGGUGAGUUAAAUGAUACAAUGGAUAUAUUUCGUUUAUUUUGUCAAUAUGAACACCAACCGAUCAAAUUGAAUAUGAACACAAUUCUUCAUUUGCUCAAGUCAUGGAUGAUCAAUCCAAAUUUUCUUUGCUCAAAUUUGAUGGGAAAAUGCUUGUUUAUUCAACAACUAUUAGUAACUAUCGUACGUUUUCAUUCUCAUGGUGAACAGCUGACAGUCGAAGAUCAUUUUAUUCAUCGAAGAUCAUCCAUAUCAACAACAGACGUAACUACGAUCGAAUUUAAAAGACAGUUGCUAUAUCAAAUAUUACAUUUAAUACCUCUCGUUCAAACGUGUGUACAAAUCAAUUCUAUUUAUGAGCUUGUUUUAGCUGUCAUAUAUCACGGACUGGACCCGAAUAAUUUCGAUUAUGGCUACAGUUUACCAACUUCUGUCUUAUGUGUUCUAAAAAUCACUAACAAAACUCUGGUAAAACGUUUAUUACCAUUUAUUGAUCUAUUUUACAUCACUCAAUCUACAUCGAAUACUGAGAAAUCCAUAAAUUAUAUAAGAAAAGCAGUUCCAACAACAAAUGAAUUGUACCAACAUCUCGACAAACUUAUCGCAAAACCUUGCACACUGAAACAAGCUACUAUGAAAUAUAUCUACAUGAAUUUGAAAAAACCGUUUGUUGAUAGUGUACAGUCUUUGUUAUUGAAUGAAACGUUAAAACAGCGUUUAAUCAGAUUUCAACUGUAA